AGACGGGUGUAUAGAACAACAACUCACGUACCACGGGAACUAGGACAGAUCAUGGAUUCAGAAACAUUUGAAAAAUCUCGUCUGUAUCAGCUGGACAAAAGUACCUUCAGCUUUUGGUCAGGCCUGUAUUCAGAGGUUGAGGGCACUAUUAUUCUUCUCUGUGGAGGAAUUCCUUUUCUCUGGAAUCUGUCUGGUCAGAUCUCUGGUCGUGCUGGGUUUGGUCCAGAAUAUGAGAUUGUUCAGUCAUUGGUAUUUCUGCUGCUUGCAACAUUCUUCAGUGCAGUGACCGGUCUCCCAUGGAGUUUAUAUAACACGUUUGUCAUAGAAGAGAAACAUGGCUUCAAUCAACAGACGCUGGGAUUUUUUUUUAAGGAUGCUAUCAAGAAGUUUAUUGUGACUCAGUGUAUUCUGUUGCCAGUGACAUCCCUUCUGCUUUACAUUAUUAAAAUAGGGGGAGACUACUUCUUCAUCUAUGCCUGGCUCUUCACAUUAGUUGUUUCCUUGGUGCUUGUUACAAUCUAUGCAGACUAUAUUGCACCUUUGUUUGAUAAAUUCAUUCCACUUCCUGAGGGAGAGCUCAAGCAACAAAUUGAAACAAUGGCAAAGAGCAUUGACUUCCCACUGACUAAGGUGUAUGUUGUUGAAGGUUCUAAGCGUUCCUCUCAUAGCAAUGCUUAUUUCUAUGGAUUCUUCAAGAAUAAGCGGAUAGUACUCUUCGACACCCUCCUGGAAGAUUACUCUGCAUUGAACAAAGAGCCAGCAGAAGGAGAAGAUGAUGAGAAUGAAGAGACAAAGUCUAAACCCAAAAAUAAGAAACAAGGAUGUAAAAAUGAAGAAGUUCUGGCUGUACUUGGUCAUGAAUUGGGUCACUGGAAACUAGGUCACACUGUCAAAAAUAUUAUCAUUAGCCAGAUGAAUUCCUUCCUCUGCUUCUUCUUGUUUGCUGUAUUAAUUGGUCGAAAAGAACUCUUUGCUGCAUUUGGUUUCUAUGACACCCAGCCUACCCUGAUAGGCUUGAUGAUUAUUUUCCAGUUCAUUUUUUCACCCUACAAUGAGGUUCUCUCAUUUUGUCUGACUGUAUUAAGCCGACGAUUUGAGUUUCAAGCAGAUGCAUUUGCCAAGGAACUUGGGAAGGCUAAAGACCUAUAUUCUGCUUUGAUUAAGCUAAACAAAGAUAAUUUAGGAUUCCCUGUUUCUGACUGGAUCUUUUCAAUGUGGCAUUACUCCCAUCCGCCCCUUUUAGAAAGACUUCAGGCCUUGAAAGAUGCAAAGCAAGACUGACGGGAAUCAUUGUUGGUUCAGAGACAGUGCUUCCAUCUCAGAAGCAAAGUUCAGAGCUGCUUUUUAAUUUCUUUUUAAGGAUAAUGCCAAUUAAGUGCAAUGUUAGCAGCACCACAGAUCUGAGAAUCCUGAAACAGGUAUUAAAUUAUAAAUUACUUUUUUUUUAACUAAAACAAAACUAUGGAACUUAAUUUAGAAAAAGUACUGGGUGAAGACCUUCCCCACACACACACUGGCUUUUAUCUCCAUAUCAUAGUAUAGACUUGUAAAGGGAGGAAAACAAAAGCAUAGAUUUCAAAGCACCUAUUUCUUCAGUUUGUGUAUGCCUUGAACAUUGCUUUUGAUCCUUUUCCCAUUCUCAGUGUUCUGUGAACCUUUCCAGUCUCAACCCUCUUCACAAUGAAGAAAGUUUGAGUGACUUGAUUUCUUGUAGGAUAACACCUGUACUCACCAGUCACUGUUUUGUGUUUUUAAAAGCUGAAUGCAAGUACAAGCCUUUCUGCUGGAUUCAUGUCUGUCAUAAUUGAAAAUGCUACUUAAUAAAACCUGCUUUCUCUGAAGCGUGGGAAGAAGGAUGAAUUA